AUGCAGAACGAGCAAGAGCCGAUGUCCGAGGCGGAUUCUAUAGAAUGCCCUGAUAUUACGAAUCUCGCCGAUGGGACUACCUAUGACGAGGUGGAAGAACUGCUACUCUUGCAUUUGGCAGACCAUAAUGAUUCCCUCCCACCAGAGCUCGAAGCAACUAUGGUCUCAGAGGAGGACAGACCCGUGCCUAACAGACAGAUUUCUCCACUACUCAUGGAACGCCCUCAGAGUUCUGGUAUUGACAUGGCAGCUUUUUGCUUCCAGAGGCCUACCCAGGGUCCAAAUUUGUUCUCCCUGCAGCCAGCAAGACGCUCCACACUGAAUACCAUGCCUCCUGGGGCUGAUGCUCAUCUCGAUGGUGGCAAGGAUGUGUCCUUAGUCACUCGAAAAGGACUGAGAAGAGAAAGUUCUUCAUAUCCAGCGAACUCGCAUAUCAGCACACGUAAUGUAAACGUGAUUCCAGGAAAUGGAUCUCUCGAAUCACAAGUACCAGAGGACACCUCUCUAGAGACAACACGGGGCAAGGUGCAUGCUGGGCAUGGCUCGCACGCUUUGCUUUCUGCAGAUGUUUCUGUACCACAAGUUGGCCAACGCUCGUCCGCUGAUUUAGAGGCAGUCUCAGAACGUGCAGCGCCGGACAGACGUACCACUUCCAUGGAACACAGAAAGAACACCCAAAGAAACGAGGUGACAGAGCAUGGAAGCAAGGCACCCAACAGAAGUAUCUCUGGUGAACAUCAAAGCAAAGCGACCGAGCAAAGUUUGUUGGUUGCUAGAAACCAAACAUCAAGAAUCACAAAGCGUCGCCGUUCAAGCAAGAAAAGCGCCUUCAGUGCCAGGCUUCUAUCGACUGGUGGUUCUGAAGAUGAAGAACCCAAACUAUCAGAAGAAGAUCUAUUCCAGUUGCUAAUCAACCGUAUCAGAGAUCGCGAGAAAAGUGCAAUGGUCGCCUCUAAGAUCAAACAGCAAAUGGAGGCCAAGAUUACAAAGGUGGCAGAGGAAAACAAUGUGCUGAAAGGCCAACUGGAAGAAUCUUGCCAGCAGAUCCAGAAGCAAUCAUCUCAGCUACAAGCCUACAAGUCCCGCAUGGAAACAUGGAGGUCGAAGUUUGCGAAGUUUAGAAGCUUCUUGAAUGAACUUGGCUGCGACUUUCAGAAUUUACGUGGCGAGGCUAUUCAGCUCAAAGGAACAAGGAAAGAGUUGCUGUUAGAGCGAAACGAGAUCAGCACCAGCAUAAAAGAAGCAAAGGCACAGUUAGCCAAUGCUUCAACCAACGCUGAACAUAAGCGGGGUGAGCUUUUAAAGGUGGAGAGCCAAAACGACCUGCUCAAGCAAAGUCUGAAAGAUGCUGAGGAGAGAUCAAAUUACCUUUUGACGCAGCUGUCGGAUGAGAAGAAACGAUCAAGUCUUCUUGAGGUCUACAUUCAAAAUUGUUCCAGAGCUCAGUCCAUUCAAUUGGACAAGAUUAUGUCUCAUCAACGUGAGAUCAGAGGAGGUUUCGAUGCCGUUUUAAAAAGUCUGGGCGAUCAACAUGUUGCUUCCAUAAAGUCUCUCCAAGAGGGUCUGAGCGGUGAUUUCAGCGGUUGUCUAGCUUCACUCGGAGAGUUGCGGGAGGGUAUCUCGUCAGGAAAGGCUGAUGUAGCAGCAUGCACAGACAUUAUCCACGCCUUCUCAGCGCGCAUGGACUCGGCGAUGCACCAGCUGAAUGCUGGUAUCGGAAAGGGGACUGAGGCAACUGUAGGCCUGACCGAGAGCCUGAAAGCACAGACGGAGAUUAUCGAGAAGCAUAUUGUCAGCGACAAUCAGCUAGUGGCAAAUAUUUCGAAAGAUUCAGACACUAAUGAGAGCUUGCGAAACACGCUUCGAGGAUUGGCGGCCGCCAAUGAGGGCAUAAAUGUCUCAAUGAAGGGGCUAGAGGCGAGAGAAAGCGGUCUUCUGGAUCAAUUUACAGCUCUGGAAGCCAGUCUAUCGGCGAUGCAGCUACCAGACCAGAGACAAAUUUUAAAAGAAGAGACUCAACGGUUUGAGCAGACACUUGCCGAAAUGGAAAGAAAGAUCCAAGGUUUGUCGGAACAGUCCAAGUUGGCCGAGGAAGCCUUGAGAAACAAGGAUCUUGAAAAUCAGACAUUGAGAGGAUCGCUGGAAAUUGCAUCAGCAAAGGUGGAAGAUGAUGAUUCUCGCGUCCGGAGGUACGAAGCGGAAGUAGCAACACUGAAGGAUGAGGUCAAGUCUGUGGAGGCAAGGGUUCGUAAAGAGCUCAGUAGAGCUAGUGUUAUCUCCCGAGAACAGGAUCGGGCAAGAUACGACCAGCGAAUCCAUGAGCUCCUACGAGGGAAAUCCGAGGUUGAGAGAAAUUUCAGCAAGGUGUCCAUGCAGUUGGCUGAGACACGACGAGACCGAGUAGUGCGCGAAGACAUGAUGAAGCAGCGAGUGAACGAACUGGAACUCCUGCUUGGGUUUAAAGAAAAGGAGAAUGAGUGUCUCAAAAAUGACAUAUCUGAGAAAACAUCCAAGCUAGAAAAGGAGAAACACGAAUCAGCAAGACUUACAGAGGCCGUGUCAUUGAGCGCGGCGGAGCAGGCAUCUCUUCAGCAUCAGAUUGAAGAAGCUGCUCACCGGAUUUCAAGUCUUGAGGGUGAAUGCUCCAGAAUCAGCCAAGAGGGAUCAAAGUCCAUCGAGGAUAUUCAAAGCAAGCAUGACAUGCUCUGCAAGGUGUUGCAGGAAAAGGAAGACGAGUGUGUUCUCAUCCAGUCACAGCUCAAGGCUAAGAUGUCCGAAAAGGCGGAUCUCGAAAACAGCAAAGGAAAGGCGGCAGAAGAGAUAAAGUCACUACUUAGAAGGGUCCAAAAUUCCGAGAAGUGGAUGAACAAACUGAAAGCAACGCUUGGACAAGCGGGCCUUGUCACGCCUGACCAGCCAGCCUCGGAAGCAUGGAGCAGCCUGGAAACUAGUUUGCGCACAGUUAUUAGCAGAGAUGCCGCCCGCAAUUCCUUGAACUCAUCUCCUGGUGGCAACCAAGAUGUUGGUGGCUCGAAGGCGCGAAGUUCGACUCUAGGACAGGAUGUCUACAAGGCUACAGAAGUGAUCUACAAAGCAGAAAGCUUUCAAGCAAGCAUUAUCUCUUCGCCUUUCCCAGCAAAAGCUAACCCGACAGAAAACGACGCCGAAAAACAGCCUUUCUGCUCAGCGCAGAACCCCAAUAUUGUACCUUUUUCAAGCUUCCGCCAACGGUCACCGAUAGAUAGUUCUGUCUUCGGUAAUGACCAGGAUGAUCUUGCAGCUAUGCUACUUCUUACUUCAGAGCAACAGGUUCCGAAUGAGGUCCAUUCGGUUAACAAGCCCGUCGAAGCCCAAUCGACAGGAUCAGCCAGCGUCGCUGCACAAGAAGGAACACUUCCACGAAUGAAAACCGCUGGUAUGUCAGCCAAGAGCAAAGUGCUUCAGCCAGACCCUCAAGACAUGAAUGAUGAGAAGGCACUCGAAACGAAGUGCAGCAGUAAAGAGAAAGAAACUAGAUCAAAAGGCGUCACUUUCGAGGCACAAAGUACGACAUCCCCAGCGCAGAAACGCAAAUCAUCGGCCGCGAGCAACUUCAGCCCCAGUCAGUGGCGGAGCCAGUCCAUAGAGGACAGACCAGCCCGUCUAAAUCGCCGCACAUAUGCCAGGGCUCGUCAACCCGUGUCUCGGACACUGGCGACCCUUGAAGAACAGCCGACCUGUCCCCCUAGUAAUGAGCUUGCUGAUGGAGCUGCGCAUGCCACCGCAUCUUGCUCCACUGGAAACAAACGAGCAAAGGUUUCUGUGGAUCAGAAGCCACAAACAAAGCCCGUCAGCGAGUACUUCGAGCGCAAGCCAACCCCCAAGAAGCUUGCUUCCGGAAGCAGCAGGCCUUCUUCGAUUAAUGCCAGCCAGGGGACCAAUCCAAAGCGAGCAGCUAGAGGCAGGGUAGCAGGGCGAAAGACACGAGGUGAUCAUUACAAUGCUCGCUUCAGCCGAGGAGCCUGA